UCAGUUGCAUGACUUGCAGCGCGUGCAUGUGAAUUCAUCUAGCGUCGUAAAAUGCGAUCGGCGAUUCGGUUGAUUAUCGCGCUUGCGUUGGCGGCGAGUGCGUUCACCCAGGUGCCUUUUCUCGGCCCGUGUCCUGACCUACCAACUAUGCAGUAUUUUGAUCCACAAAAGUACUUGGGUAAGUGGUACGAGGCUGAGCGAUAUUUCGCACUCUUCGAAUUUGGCGGCAAAUGUGUCACCGGAGAUUACGGCCUAACGGAACAAGGCGACAUUGUUAUAAUUAACAGGCAAACAAGUGCAAUAACAGGAAUUGAAUCGACGAUUGAAGGAUUAGGAAAUGUUCUUCAACGAUCAGAUCAUGCAAAAUUAUCAAUUAAAUUUCCUUCGUUACGAGGUUUCGUCAAUUUUACAGCGCCAUAUUGGAUUCUUGAUACGGAUUAUGACAAUUAUUCUUUGGUUUGGUCAUGUAACAACUUCGGAAUGUUUAGUACAAAAAAUGCUUGGAUUUUAACAAGAAGUCGUUUACCUUCUUUGGAGAUAAUUGGUCACGCUUAUAAAAUAUUAGACAAUAUUGGUAUAAAUCGAGCUUAUUUUAUAAGAACUGAUCAGAAAAACUGUCCCAGUAUUUAUUAACUUAAAAUAUCAACCAAAAAUGUUUUUAUUUAUAUUAUGUUUUGUUACGUGAAUGUAUGCAACUAAAUAUACAUGUUUUUGUUAUUUUCUUAAAUAAAA